AUGCCUCGUCUUUYCGGAAUCCCACCCGUCAGCAAGACUCCAAACCCCAACACCAAGCCAGAUGAUCCAUUCCAGAUGGCGACCACCGGACAGCCAUCCUUCCUCGCAAGCCUCAAGAGUUCUGCCCUUGCUUCGGCCACUCUCAUCACCGACGACCACAACCUUCCAGAGUCCGUUCCCGCCCGCUUCCAGCUCUUCACCUCGAAGGAAGUGGAUAGUGGCAUCGUCUACGCCGAGACCCCCUCUGUCCCGCCAAGCUUGACCUCGCUGUCCAUUGGAACUUCCGGCGGACAACCCGGGGUGUACACCCCGGAGAGCUCCUUCUACUCAGGCGGCGCUCCCGCCAGCAUUGCCGAACUUCUCCAUGUGGGAGCAACCGACAGCCCGCAGCUCGCCCGCCUGCUGGCGCACCACUUCAGGUUGGUACAGUUGACCGCCCCAAGAACCGCCAUCGCGUUCGUCGGCAACCUCCCAGCCACCAUGACCGAUGUGGAGAUGACCUGGAUCUUGAGCGGAAUGUUCGUGGGAUGUGGCGUGAUCGUGUCCAGAAAGGUCUGGCACAAGCCGACCGCCCUGAUCCAAUUCCGCUGCCUGGAUGACGCGGUGGAGGCAAUUCACACUGUCCACGUGCUCGGUGGGCGUGUCUUGCGUGUCGUCCCGUCUGUGCAUGCUUUUUAG